CUUCGACGAAGCUCACACAUUCACACUUAUAUGCGAGACGACGCGUUAAGCAUAUCGAUAUAUGUCUCUUCACUGAUAAGAUAAAAAUAACUAAAAGUUAAAAGAGCUCCGAUUGAAUGAACGAAGAAUCUUCACUGCUUCUUCCUUUUUUUUUUAUAAUCUUUUCCCCCAGUAUAUAUAAUAGAGUUUCUCAAUGACUUUGUUUAUAUAUUAUAUAAUAUAUCUUUCUGCGUCUUCGAUCUACGAGACCCCCUUGAUUCUCUCUAAUCUGUCUCUCCCGUGUCUGUGUGAAGUAAAGGUCUGAGGUGAGCGAGUGAGUGGGAGAUUUUAGCUCUUCUAAGGCAAAAAAAAAAAUGGAGAACUACCUGAACGAAAACUUCGGCGAUGUGAAGCCUAAGAACUCCUCCGACGAGGCGCUGCAGCGUUGGAGGAAGCUCUGCUGGAUCGUGAAGAAUCCUAAGAGGCGGUUCAGAUUCACUGCUAAUCUGACGAAACGUUCCGAGGCGGAGGCGAUUCGUCGUUCUAAUCAGGAAAAGUUUCGAGUGGCGGUGUUAGUUUCACAAGCUGCACUUCAGUUCAUUAAUGGCUUAAAGUUGUCUAGUGAGUACACUGUACCUGAAGAAGUAAGAAAAGCUGGAUUUGAGAUUUGUCCUGAUGAGUUGGGAUCGAUUGUAGAAGGGCAUGAUGUGAAAAAGUUGAAGAUUCAUGGUGGAACUGAGGGCCUGACAGAGAAACUCUGUACGUCGAUUACUAGUGGCAUUGGUACAUCUGAAGACCUGCUGAGUGUAAGAAAAGAAAUUUACGGAAUCAACCAAUUCACAGAGAGCCCCUCUCGUGGCUUUUGGUUAUUUGUUUGGGAAGCCCUGCAGGAUACCACCCUCAUGAUUCUAGCUGCAUGUGCUUUUGUAUCGCUUAUAGUUGGGAUACUCAUGGAAGGGUGGCCGAUUGGUGCCCAUGACGGACUUGGUAUAGUGGCGAGUAUUCUUCUUGUUGUGUUUGUCACCGCCACGAGUGAUUAUAGGCAAUCCUUGCAGUUCAAGGAUCUGGAUGCAGAGAAGAAAAAGAUUGUGGUUCAGGUUACUAGAGAUAAAAUGAGGCAAAAGAUCUCGAUAUUUGAUCUACUUCCUGGCGAUAUUGUUCACCUUGGCAUUGGAGAUCAAGUUCCAGCUGAUGGGCUUUUUCUCUCAGGGUUUUCUGUUCUGAUAGAUGAAUCUAGCUUGACUGGAGAGAGUGAACCCAUUUGUGUCAAUGUGGAGCACCCCUUUCUUCUUUCAGGUACCAAGGUUCAGGAUGGAUCUUGCAAAAUGUUGGUGACUACAGUUGGAAUGAGGACUCAAUGGGGUAAACUGAUGGCUACACUAAGUGAAGGCGGCGAUGAUGAGACACCUUUGCAAGUAAAGCUAAAUGGUGUGGCAACCAUCAUUGGCAAAAUAGGUUUAUUUUUCGCUGUGAUUACGUUUGCUGUUUUGGUGCAAGGGUUGGCUACUCGGAAGCUUCAAGAUGGUUCUCACUGGGCCUGGACUGGUGAAGAGUUGAUGUCGGUCCUGGAAUAUUUUGCUGUUGCUGUAACAAUUGUUGUGGUCGCGGUCCCAGAAGGUCUGCCUUUGGCUGUCACAUUAAGUCUUGCUUUUGCCAUGAAGAAGAUGAUGAACGACAAAGCGCUUGUGCGGAAUCUAGCUGCUUGUGAGACAAUGGGAUCUGCAACAACUAUUUGUAGUGACAAGACUGGAACUCUGACAACAAACCACAUGACAGUUGUAAAAGCCUGCAUCUGUGGAAAAGCCAGAGAUGUUAAUUGUUCCGAUGCUGCUAGGUAUUUAGCCUCUAGUAUCCCUGAGUCUGCUGUUAGAAUUCUACUGCAAUCUAUAUUUACCAACACUGGUGGUGAGAUUGUUGUGGGGAAAGGAAACAAAACCGAGAUACUGGGAUCACCCACAGAAACUGCUCUGUUAGAAUUUGGGUUGGCACUCGGAGGGGACUUUCAAAAAGAAAGACAAGCCUCAGAUGUUGUGAAAGUUGAGCCCUUUAACUCUACAAAGAAAAGAAUGGGAGUUGUCAUUGAGCUGUCUGGAGAACAUUUCCGGGCGCAUUGUAAGGGUGCUUCUGAGAUAGUUUUAGCUGCCUGUGAUAAGUACAUCAACAAAGAUGGUGAUGUUGUUCCCCUUGAUGAAGCAUCUACUAGUCACCUAAAUAACAUUAUUGAAGAAUUUGCUAGUGAAGCACUUCGAACUCUUUGCCUUGCUUAUCUGGAAAUCGGUAAUGAAUUCUCAUCAGAAGAUCCCAUUCCAAGUGGAGGAUACACUUGCAUAGGUAUUGUGGGCAUCAAAGACCCUGUUCGCCCUGGUGUCAAGGAGUCUGUUGCGAUCUGUAGAGCUGCUGGAAUCACAGUCAGAAUGGUUACUGGAGAUAACAUUACUACUGCAAAGGCUAUAGCCAGGGAGUGCGGGAUAUUGACUGAUGAUGGCAUAGCUAUCGAAGGCCCUGAGUUCAGGGAAAAAAGUGAAGAGGAAUUGCUCAAGCUAAUCCCAAAUUUGCAGGUCAUGGCUCGAUCGUCACCCAUGGAUAAGCAUACUUUGGUGAGAAACCUCCGUACAAUGUUUCAGGAAGUCGUUGCAGUGACAGGUGAUGGAACAAAUGAUGCUCCUGCCCUUCAUGAAGCUGAUAUUGGACUUGCAAUGGGAAUUUCUGGAACCGAGGUGGCAAAAGAGAGUGCGGAUGUGAUUAUCCUAGAUGAUAACUUCUCGACGAUUGUCACUGUUGCCAAAUGGGGCCGUUCUGUGUACAUAAACAUUCAGAAAUUUGUUCAGUUCCAGCUGACAGUAAACGUUGUGGCUCUUAUUGUCAACUUCUUGUCAGCCUGCCUUACUGGAAACGCGCCUCUAACAGCUGUCCAGCUACUAUGGGUUAACAUGAUAAUGGACACACUUGGAGCACUCGCGCUAGCCACAGAACCACCACAGGACGACCUGAUGAAGAGAACACCAGUGGGAAGGAAAGGAAACUUCAUAAGCAAUGUAAUGUGGAGGAACAUCCUUGGCCAGUCACUAUACCAGCUUGUCAUCAUAUGGUGUCUCCAAACCAAGGGGAAGACAAUGUUCGGUAUCGACUCCGACUUAACACUCAAUACCCUUAUCUUCAACACCUUCGUCUUCUGCCAGGUGUUCAAUGAGAUAAGCUCGAGGGAAAUGGAAAAGAUUGAUGUGUUCACGGGGAUACUGAAGAACUACGUGUUCGUAGGGGUUCUAACGUGUACGGUGGUGUUCCAAGUUAUCAUAAUAGAGCUACUUGGUACGUUUGCUGAUACAACACCACUAAAUUGGAGCCAAUGGUUCGUAAGCAUCGUGCUAGGGUUCCUUGGCAUGCCUGUUGCUGCUGCCUUGAAGAUGAUUCCAGUUGGCGCACACUAAGUCUAAAGUCUUGCGUUAUAUGUGUGAUUCCUUAUUAGCUGUUGAAGGGACCCAUUUUUUUCUAUUGGCUAUGGAAGUUUGAUAUCCUAAAUGGCCUUGCUUUUUUUGUUGUGUUUUCAUUUGUGGGUUGUUGAUUUGGAGGAGCAUUUGCUUCGUAAAUAUUAAUGAUAAUGGAACUUUGUUGCUCUUAUCUU